AUGUGGAUCUCACCUGAUGGAAAAUUUCACAAAUUAGUUGUAGUGGAGGGUGAUUGGGGUAAAAAGCCAUCAGAACAGACUGAAUGUAAAAUAUUUGUAUCAGAUUGUCCAGAUUCAUUCUUAGAGUAUAAUAACACGAGUGUAGUCAUAGGUGAUAGCGACAGUGAGACAAGGCGAAAUUUAGAUUUAUGUUUAAUUACAAUGAACGAGGGCGAAACGGCCAAAUUCAGAAUAACAGCGGAAAAUGUGUCAUUCACACUAAAGUUAGAAAACAUGAAAUUCAACAGCUAUAUUUACGAAUGGGAUGCUAAAAAGAAAUACGAAAUUGCACAACACCACAAAGAGAGAGGCGUGGAAUUAUAUAAACAAAAUAGGGGCAAAGACGCCGCUCACAGAUUUAUCAGAGGUUUGAAAGUCUUGUCUUCAAUACCAAUUGAUGUUGAAACACCACCUGAACAAAUUGACACAAUUCCCCUUGAUGAUAUUAAUAAAUUAAAAGCGAAUUUGUAUAAUAAUUUAGCUUCGUUUUAUUUGAAAAAGCAAGAUUGGUUGCUUACUAUAGGCACCUGCAAACGAGUUUUCGACUUUGAUAAAGAUAGUGUUAAGGCACAUUAUAAACUUGCUGUUGCUUAUAUUAAAGACAAAAAUUUGGAAGCGGCUGAAAAAGAAUUGGAUGUUGUUUUAGCAGCGGAACCCAACAACAGGGCUGCCAUUGACCACAUGAAACAUGUCAAAGAGGAAAUACGCAAAGCUAAUGUUAAAUUUAAUAUGAUGGUUAAGAAAAUGUUUACUUAAGUUGUGCCAUAGUUUAGAUUUUUAUUUACGAUUAUGUAUUUUUUAGAAUAAAUGUUUAAUCUUAA